AGCCGCUCUUGCCCUCAGGAGCCGCGGCGGGCACCCGGGGCGGAACGCUGGGCACCCCGUGGCAUGGGCAUCGGCAGCGGCCCCGCGACCGGGACGCCGCCCGCCUAGGAGGGGGCCCGCCCGCACGGCGCCGCGCCGCGGGGCGGCGAGAUGUUCGCCGGCUGCCACUGCUGCAGGGACGACGGCGACCCGAACGAGGCGCUGGACAGCGCGGGCGCCGUCGCCCUUCUCGACGAGGGCCAGCCCAGCUGGGCCAGCAAGGGUCAGCUCGAGGAGCCGCCCCGAGACCGUCGUGGAGGCCGGCGCGAGGUACGCCGGGCAGUGGCGCGGCGCGCAGUGCCACGGCCACGGCGUUCUCAAGAGGCCCGACGGCUCGUCCUACGAGGGGAACUUCGAGGGCGGCAGGGCGCACGGGUACGGGAAGUUCGUCGCGGCGACCGGCAACAUCGGCCAGUGGGACCAGGACCGCGCCCACGGCCACGGCAGGUACGUCCACGAGGACGGCAGCACCUACACGGGCGAGUGGGCGCAGGACCUACGACGAGAAGUGCGGCAGGGGCCUCGAGCGCUGGGCGGACGGCUCCAUGUACGAGGGCGAGUUCUUCCACGGCAGCAAGCACGGCAACGGCUCCUACAAGUCGAGCAGCGGCGCCGUCGUGUUCGAAGGGCAGUUCUCCCACGACAAGAUGGACGGCAAGGGGGUCUACAACUUCGCCGACGGCCGCACGUACAACGGCGAGUGGCACCGCGGCCACAUGCACGGCGACGGCCUGAUGCAGUGGCCCGACGGCUCCUCGUACCGCGGCGGUUACAAGAAGGACCUGCGCCAGGGCGAGGGCACGCUCGCGUGGCCCGACGGGAGGAAGUACCGCGGCCAGUGGUGCAACGGCAGGCAGGAGGGCAGCGGCGUCAUGGUCGACAGCGACGGCCGGGAGGUCAGCGGCACCUGGAAGAACGGCGCCCAGGUCACCUGAGGCGCAGGCCGCCUUUCAGCGCCCCGCCUCUCCGAGGCGGCGGGGCCGAGCGCGGCCCCGCCGCUGCGCGGGCCUCCCUGCGCCAGCCUCGCCGAAGAGCGGGCGGUCCUCCUGCGGUCUCGCCCUCUGCGCCUCUCGCCGGUACGAUCGAAGAAGAGCGGGUGCGAAGACCGACAGCAGUUGCAGUCCAUUCUGAGCAGGGUUCGCCGUCGGCGUGGGCCGCUGGCGCUGUGGAUAUGAGACGGGAGGCCGCCUGUCCUGCAGCGGCCGCUGUCGGUUCUGGACAGCAUCUCAUGUUGGGCCUCGUGCCCAUUCUUGCCGCACCCAUGCCGGGUGUCCGAGUUUCGGUACUCCUCCGCCGUCUGCGCUCGCCGUCGUCCUCCUCCUCCUCCUCCCCCUCCCCCCUUCCGAUGCUGCACGUGCGCCGACGCUUCUCGUUUCACCCCGCUCCCCAGCGCGGCCUGUCGUGGCGAGGUGGCAGUGCUAAAUCGCCCGCCCCUGCUCGACGGUGCC